UUUUUCUUUCGACAGAUGCAGCAGAACACGCUCAGCACAACCCUCAGUUUUGGGGGAGGGGAGGGCGGGGGUGACGGCGUUCUGCAGGACUUGGAAAUAGCCGGGAGAUUAGUUGACAAGCACCUCAACUAUGAUUCCAGUUUUCCCUCCCUUUUGGAUAUGCUCAGAGUCUCUCCACAAGGAAGUGCAACCGUGAGUGGGCUGAGUGAGAGUGACUACCCGAACAGUGGUGACCCGAGGUCCAUAAGGCACCUCAGCUUUACCCGCAAGGUCCCUCUGCCGUCAGAGCUGAUGCACCAUUUCCAACAUAUGCAAUGCAAUUGCAUGAUGGGCCUCUUCCCCGAGAUUAAUCGAGCCUGGCUGACUAUUGACAGUGACAUUUAUGUUUGGGUGUAUGAGGAUGGGAGAGACUUAGCAUACUUUGAUGGCCUUCAUGAAACCAUCCUGAGCGUGGGCCUCGUCAAACCAAAAGCCGGAGUUUUCAAAAAAUACAUUGAGUAUCUCCUGUGCCUCACAACCACUUCCGAGAUUGUGUUAUUAGGGGUAUCAUUCUCACAGACAGCAGAUGAAGAAGGCAACUCGGGGAUGCAUCUGUUGCCAGAGCCUCUGUUUUCUGUUCCCACUGAUGGCUCCUACAUUCUUACUAUUAAGGGCACUAAUGAUGGCAGAAUUUUCAUGGGAGCCAAAGAUGGUUGCCUCUAUGAAUUAGUCUAUCAGGCAGAAGAUGGCUGGUUCAGUCGAAAGUGCCAGAAAGUAAAUCACUCAAGAUCAACAAUAUCCUACCUGCUACCCUUCCUUGCCUUCUCCGAGGAUGAUCCAAUUAAUCAGGUGGAAGUAGAUGACAGCCGACACAUUCUGUACACCUUGAGUGAAAAGGGAACCAUUACGGUGUAUGAUUUGGAUGCAGACGGGAAGAAUAGUUUAUAUGUGAUUGACUUUUAUUUUGUAUAUUCAUUAACUGUUGACAAAUCAAACUUUAAGAAUGUUGUUAGCCUCUGUCCAAUCAGUACAAGUGAAUCGCCACACAUUCACUUGGUAGUAGUCACAGGUACCGGUGUGAGAUUAUAUUAUACGACAAUGCCUCUGGUUGGAGGACUCACUCAGAGACCAUCCCAGCUGACACUCCUCCACGUGCGACUUCCGCCUGGCUUUGCAGCAAAUGCUACUGUUUACCGACCAACCAAAGUGCACAAGGCACUCUAUUCACAUGGCACUGGUGUUUUGUGUUCCAAUGAGAGUAAUGAGGCAGACACUGUGUGGACAAUGAGUAGUGAUCAGUACCCAUACCAUCCAACUUUAGCAGAAUCACAGAGUACUCAUGCUGUUGAUGGAUUUGUGUGGGCUUUGGCAGAUGUGACUCCCCAGCUUUGGUGCUCAGCCCUCAACCCAACAACACCCCAGGGGACGAAACCACCUCUUCUGGUAACCCAGCACCAGCAGUCUCCUCGCCAGUUGGUCUUACUUUCUGCCACAGGUGCACAUGUCCUCACAUUCUUAAGACCUGUGGACCAGUUGCGGCAGAUGCUAGAAGAGUCGGGAGGAGCAGAGUCCAACAUGGUCAAAGAAUUCUUUUCAGCAAUGACACCUACACAAGCAUGUGCCACUGCGCUCAUUAUCGCUACUGAUCCUCAUCGUCCAAAUGCUCAGGUGGCAGAAUGGGCAACUCGUGCCUUAUUUUUAUAUGGUGCCAAUCCUCCCCCUGCUCCGGUAACUUUUACUCCUCAAACACCAGCAGGCUACAAUUUUCAUCCAACGCAAGUAUCAACACCCAUGCCUGGUCAGGCUACAAACACAGCUAUUGUUCAGGAUGCUCAGUUUUCACCUCUGCAUAAUGCCCUCUACUUAUACCUAGCAAGAAUCCUAAGACCCGUAUGGGCAAGUCCAGUUGCUAAGGAAACACUAGUGGAAGGAAAACCAGUUCUGAUGAGCUCAAUGUCCGCUGAAGAAUUAGGUUUCCUCGCCGAGAGAGUGGACCUUCUGGCCAAAUUCCUCUUAACCAACCAAGGAGGAACCACUCCCCUUCAGCCCCUAAAUGCGUCGAACACAACUCUGAACAUCACACGGUAUGGAGGGGAUGGGUCGGAACGUGCUUCCCUGCUGGCCUUGAGGUCACUUCUCAGUCAAGCGCUGGAGGUGCUCAAGCUCAUGACGGUUCUCUCCACCCACAAUUUCACCACAAUUACAGGAAGCCUGCAGAAAGAAAUCCGGGAACAGUUGCGGACAAUGACCUUCCGAGAUUUAGUUUUAACUGGCAGAGAGGUUUGCCGCAGUCUUAUCAUGGCUUUGCUAGACAGAUAUCAUGGAGAUAAUGCCUCAGCUGAUGCUAUAUCAGAAAGGUUGCGGGACAUCUGUCCAGGACUCUACAGAAUAGAAGAUGCCAAACUCGCAAAGGCAAAUGAAAUAAUCUUGGCAGCGAAGGCAAAUACAAACAAAGCAGAGAAGGAGAAAGGUUUUAAGGAAGCAGUGGCGUUGUGCAAGCAAAUUGGCCAUCAUGUCAAUGUGAAUGGCAUCAGCAGCCAGCUGGCCAGUGGAGGGGCCUAUGAAGGAGUAGUCGACCUUUGCCUGAGUGUUGCAGCCCAGAGAGACCCUGCUGGCUUAGCUCUUCAUUAUUACAAGAAUAACGAGCCUGCAGAUGACCACCAAGGCUACAUGGCCUUCACAUCUAGAUAUCAUGGAGAUAAUGCCUCAGCUGAUGCUAUAUCAGAAAGGUUGCGGGACAUCUGUCCAGGACUCUACAGAAUAGAAGAUGCCAAACUCGCAAAGGCAAAUGAAAUAAUCUUGGCAGCGAAGGCAAAUACAAACAAAGCAGAGAAGGAGAAAGGUUUUAAGGAAGCAGUGGCGUUGUGCAAGCAAAUUGGUCAUCAUGUCAAUGUGAAUGGCAUCAGCAGCCAGCUGGCCAGUGGAGGGGCCUAUGAAGGAGUAGUCGACCUUUGCCUGAGUGUUGCAGCCCAGAGAGACCCUGCUGGCUUAGCUCUUCAUUAUUACAAGAAUAACGAGCCUGCAGAUGACCACCAGGGCUACAUGGCCUUCACAUCUAGGAUGGAGUGCUACCGAGUGAUAAUGGAUCAGUUAAAUCAGCUAGUUGGUGCAGGUGUUGUUCCCCAGACGUCCCCAACAGUGCCCUCUCGUCCCGGCCCACCCACACCCCCACCAUCUACACUACCGUCUACAGAUGCUACACAGUAUGCUAAUCAGAUGAUGAACCUAAUAGUUGGCAGCAAUGAUGAACUAUCACAUGUGACAUUGUAUCAGUGGCUAGUGGACACAAAUCGUACUGACCGUCUCUUGGCCAUAACCUCCCCAUACUUGGAGACCUUCCUCACUCGGUCCAAUGGCCAGUCUCCUCUCCACCACCUGCUUUGGAGAUAUUAUGAGAGAAAUAGAGAUUACUUCAAGGCUGCAAAAACUCUCCUGCUCCUGGCUGAACAGAUAGGAGAUACUCCAGUAAAUGUACGAGUGGAAUACUUGUCUCGGGCACUGAUGUGCCUCAGUUCCUGUGAGAUGAACACAGCCUCAAGUUAUUCAGACUUCAUGCUUCACAUGGAAGAGAAGAAAGAAGUUGCUCGUGUACAGCUUAUGGUGCUAGAUGCUCUCCAGGGAGAAGGGGCAAGUGCUGAUGUUAUUGCUCAGGUCAAUUCCUCGCUCCUUACUUUGACAACGUUGUACGAGAAGUUUGCUGAACCCUGGGCUCUGUGGGAAUGCAAACUUGCCAUUGUUCACUGUGCAGGACACUCAGAACCUCAGCUUGUACAGUCAAUUUGGACUAAUCUCAUUGACCGUGAACUGGAGAGGUCAAGAGUGGAGCCUGUGGAGACACGUGUGGAUUCUUUGUCCAGCAAAAUCAAAGCCCUUGCUCGUUUGUAUUCUGCAAACCCUAACUACUUCCCCCUAGAACACAUUAUCAAGGAAUGCGAGAUUCGUUCAGUCCGGCUGCGCACUAAUACCUCUUGGGUAGUCACGGCCUUGCAAGGUUGUGGCAUCCAAGUGAGCAGACUUAUCAACAUCUAUCAUAAAUUAUAUCGUAGUGGAGAUAGUGUUUGGGAGGUGGAGCGGUCGCCAUACCAUCUCCUUGGUGUGUUGGCACACUUGAUCACAAUGCUGGUUGACAAUGAGGCCACAGUACAGCCUCCACAGAAGCGAGCGCUAAGGGAGCAGUGUUUGGACUACGUAGCCGAGUACUUAACUGACCUGGGAGCCUCAGCUGACGCAUCUGCAGGAGUUAUCUCGGCACACUUAAAGACUUGUCAGGCAAAGCUAGAACGAUUUGUUUAGGUUUCCAAGCUUGUUAGAUGAGAAUAAAGGUUCAAAUAUAUGUAUCAUAUGUUUGUCUUUUUAUGUGUGAAUAUCUGUAUUGUUUAGAAUGUAACGAAAAAAAGUGAUUUUCAUCUUGUAAUUGUAUGCAAGUAUGUCUUCUUCUGCAGUCAUUAUGUGGAGGAGCAAAUGUUUGAAUCUUUGUGAUAAGUUUUUUUGUCAAGUACAACUUUAUCUUCAAGACUGCGUUAUCAGUGGUUCUUGUACCUAGCAUGUGGAAAAACAUGCAUAAUGAUGUGCUGUGGUAGUGUUCAAUAAAGAGUAAUGUCCUUUUCUAAUGUAAAAUAACAUGAAAAUAAAGGCCUAGUCUAUUAAUAAAUGAAUUAAAAAACUUGUGUAAGUUAUAAUUCCUUGAUUUGUAACAUGCAUAUAUAUAUAUAUAUAUACUCAGUAUAUUGUAAUUUUUGCAAGUAUUUACACUGCAUUUGCAUCAAAUCAGGAUUUUUUUUAUUCAGCAGUAAGUAACUAAAGAUUUAAGACCAGAUUAUUAUUUUUAUGCCAAGUGGGCUGAGUUAGAGGUCAUAAAUGUAACUAAGCUGCCAAAUACCCACUUGUCUGGAGAUUAAACAGUGGGCUCAACUUCUGGUGCUGUGAAAGAAAGACACUCAUGCUUUUUUGCACUGUUAAUAUUUGGAGGCUCAUUCUUUUAUAUUUUAGUGAAGUGUUUGACCGUUGUAGUGAUAAUUUUUUAUGAUAUGUGAAAUGUUAGCAGUAGCUCAUAAAUCUUAAUAAUUUGUUUUGUUCUUAAUAUGAUUUUACUUUUGGGGUGCACUGUUAGACCAGUGGUUUUGAGUAUGAUCGUGUAUAUUUUAAACUUUUUUUUUUUUUUUUCUUGGCGUUAAAUAAUAUUUUUGGAUGUUUUUAUUAUUUAUAUAUUGCUUCAGUAAAGAAACAAAUGAAAGUGUUUCAUCCCACUGAUAUUUCAAUAAAGUUUUGUAGCAAA